AUGGUUUUGAAGAAGGUGACCCCUGACGACGUUCACAGCGAUUUUGACGUUGAACAUGUCAUCCAAAACGCAUCUGUCUCUGACAAGAUAUCUCUACUCUCCGGCCGAGACUUUUGGCACACGAACCCUCUCCCAGCAUUCAACGUUCCAUCCGUGCGUGUCAGCGACGGACCAAAUGGCGUGCGAGGAACCAAAUUCGUCGACGGCGUACCAGCAGCAUGCUUGCCCUGCGGUACCGGUCUAGCAGCCACCUGGGACCAGGAUCUACUAUACAAGGCAGGCGUACUGAUAGGCAACGAGUGUAUAGCGAAAGGCGCCCACUGCUGGCUCGGCCCUACAGUGUGUAUCCAGCGCUCUCCCCUCGGUGGCCGUGGCUUCGAGUCAAUGGCAGAGGACCCUUAUGCAACAGGCAAACUAGCUGCUGCCUACAUCAAAGGCGUGCAGUCCACGGGCGUCGUGUCGAUUAUCAAGCACUGGCUUGCGAAUGAUCAAGAGCACGAAAGAGUUGGCGUCAACGUGGUUGCCAGUGAGCGCGCGUUGAGGGAGGUUCAUAUGCUUCCUUUCCAGAUUGCGCUUAGUGAUGCGGCGCCUGGGGGUGUCAUGGCUUGCUACAAUAAAGUCAAUGGCAAACAUGUUUCGGAAAACAGGGAUUUUCUUGACUCUUUGCUCCGCGAAGAGUGGCAGUGGAAGGGUCUGAUCAUGAGCGAUUGGUUCGGGACCUAUUCUACUACCGAAGCCAUCAAUGCAGGACUGGAUCUCGAAAUGCCAGGACCAACGAGGCAACGCGGCCAGCUUCUCGACCUUGCCGUGUCAACCCGAAAGGUAUCCCGAUCAACCAUAGAUGCUCGAGCGCGAAAUGUCCUCGAGUUCGUCCAAAGAUGCACAAAGGUUCCCGUUGCGGCGGAAGAAGGAGGACGCGACUAUCCCGAAGACAGGCAGCUCAACCGAAAGCUCGCCGGUGACAGCGUUGUCUUGUUGAAGAAUGAGAAUAACCAACUUCCCCUCAAGCGACCUUUCAAAAGCAUUGCUUUGAUCGGACCGAACAUGAAGACCACUUCGUUCUGUGGAGGCGGCUCUGCGCAUCUUCGGCCGUACUACACUGUUUCUCCCUACGAAGGGAUCGUGGCCCAACUACCGCCUGAUGUCGAGGUACGAUACGAAGUCGGCGCUUCAGCAAGUGGGUGGAAUCCUCUCAUGCAGGGCGAAAUGAUGACUACGCCGGAGGGAUCGCCGGGUAUGCGAAUGCGCUUCUACAGUCAGGGCCCCAGUGUACCCGGCCGCGAGAUCAUCGACGAGAGCCAUCUGCCUGAUUCCUCUUGGCUACUUAUGGGCUACUCGCAUCCGAAGCUAGACAAGCUCUUCUAUGCAACUGUGGAAGGCGAUCUCGUCAUUCAAGAAACAGGGGUGUUUGAGUUUGGGCUCGCAGUCUAUGGAUCUGCGCGACUCUAUGUUGACGGUCAGCUCCUGAUCGAUAAUAAUCUUGUCCAGCGAGGUGGGACAUUUUUCUUCGGCAAAGGAACUGUCGAGGAAAAGGCUCAAAAGCGUCUUGUCCAGGGUCAGAAGUACCGCAUCACCGUCGAGUAUGAGAGCGCACCAUCUUCCAAGCUCGUCAAGCCAGGCGUGGUCAACUUUGGCGGCGGAGCGGGAAGAGUUGGUCUAGCGAGUGCAAUUGACCCUGAAAUCGGCAUCCAGAACGCCGUCUCAGCAGCGCUGCAGUCAGAUGUGACCAUCUUGUGUGUUGGGAUGACGAGAGAUCAAGAAUCUGAGGGCUUUGACAGGCCUCACAUGGAUCUUCCUAGAUCGCUUCCUCGACUUGCAUCAGCCGUGUUGGCAGCGGUUCCAGACGCCAUCGUGGUGACGCAGAGCGGCACUCCUUUCAACAUGCUCUGGGCUGAAAGUGCCAAGACUCAUGUACAUGCUUGGUUAGCUGGAAACGAGACUGGAAAUGGUAUUGCUGAUGUUUUGUUUGGCGCAACCUGCCCCAGUGGAAAACUCCCGCUUUCAUUUCCACGCCGCUUACAAGACACGCCCACGUUUUUGAACUUUGGUAGCGAGAGGGGACGUGUUAUCUAUGGUGAGGAUAUUUAUGUCGGGUAUCGGUACUACGAAAAGGUCGAUCGAGACGUGCUAUAUCCUUUUGGCCACGGUCUAUCUUAUACCACAUUUACCUACGACAAGCUGAACCUCGCAUCCUCCCACGUGAGCUUCGAGAUCACCAACUCUGGCUCCGUGCCUGGAGCUGAAGUAUCUCAGCUUUACAUCGCUGCCGACGAGGCAACGUCUUCAAUACAGAGACCUAAAAAGGAGUUGAAAGGUUUCAAGAAAACAUACCUGCAGCCUGACUCGGUUCCGGGAUAA